UUUUAUACAUGUAUCAUAUUUCACAUUCUCUUUAAUUUUUAGCUGCUCCUCUACACUAGACAUCGUAUCAUAUGGAAAAAAAUAUCAAUCUCAAGAGUCUACCUCCUAACUACCUUUCCUCCUCCUCCUCCACCACCAUCAGCACCACCACGCUCACCAAAAUUUCAUCCACCUUAUCCGACGGUUCGACUCUUUCUCCUUCACACUACUCAUUUACUAAUGAUAAAAAGGGUAGAAAGAACCUAAAAGAGUUCAAUAAUCCGAUUAGUUAUCGUGGUGUGAGAAAGCGGAUUUGGGGGAAAUGGGUGUCUGAAAUUCGAGAGCCGAGGAAGAAAUCAAGAAUAUGGCUCGGAACAUAUCGCACGGCGGAGAUGGCGGCACUAGCUCACGACGUGGCGGCUUUAGCCAUUAAAGGCUACUCAGCUCAUCUCAAUUUCCCUCAUUUGGCUCAUCAACUUCCACGCCCCACCACGACUUCACAUAAAGACAUCCAAGCUGCAGCCGCUAAAGCUGCAACCACCGUAUGUCCUGAACAAAUUAAAAGCGGAGAAUUCGGAGCUGAAGCACAUGAGCUGAUGAGUCUAGCCAAGCCGCUCCCCAGUUCUCAUUCUUCAACAAAUGUAGAACCAUCCAAUUCUUGCUCAACACUUGAUGAUGACGACACAUUUUUCGACCUCCCAGAUCUUUGUUUAAACGAAACAGAUCGUAAUGUUGGAUUUUCUUACUGUGCUUCUUCAUGGAAGCUGGCUGGAGCGGCCGCCGAAAUAGAAUUCCUGUUUGAGGAUCCAUUUCCAUGGGACUGCUACUGGAUAUAAUUCACCCCGUUCAACGGCCACGGCACACUGAGUAAUUGAUAAUAGAAAAUGAAGUGCAUCCCCCAACCCCAGGGUGAGGCAGUAAAAGUAUAGAAAUAUAAAUACGAAAGUUAAGAGUAAAUAUGUGAAGAUGAAUAAAAAUUUAAUGCAAGGUUUGUCGUUUGGACUUUGCUACAUGAACAUCAAACUUUACAUGAUAGGUUACAUAAUGUCACAUGUCACUCUACUAUUUGUCAAUUUAAAAUGCAGUC